GCUCUUCCUCCUGUCCCUGUCUUGCCAGCCGGCCCCUCUCUUCAAAGGAAGCUGCAGACCAACUGCAGACUCUUGCGCUGGUGGGACGUCAGAAACAAUGACCCUUGGGGUGGGUGUGGCCAGGACCAGAAUGAGGACUGUGUACCGGGGGAGAAGAUUAAAGGCGCCGGCAAAGGAAUGAAUGCAACGAGAGGAGGACAGCGCUGUCCUCCCCGGUUGGAAUGUUCAAUCAUAAGCACGCCCCGGUAA